AUGAAACAAACCAGUAACAUGAAUUUUAAGCCCCUUAAAAUAAAACCUUCUCUAUUUAAAGAGUUGAAGAAGGAAGGGCUAAUUUCUAUUGAAGAGGCAGAAGGAAGCAAUGUAAAAAUUUUGAGCACAGAUAAUUUAAAUAGUCAUAAUUUACAUUACGGAAAUAAAUGUAAGAAUGAUUCUAAAAAUAACGAAAGUAAGAAGAAGUUAUCUCUCAAAAGAAAAAAAGAUUCCACAAAAAGUGAGAAUCAAAAUGAUACAACUCUAGGUUGCAUAUCUCGAGAGGACAAGAAAAUAAAAAUUGAGGAAUCAUUGGAGAACGAUAGGUUAGAACAUUUUGAUAUAAAUAAUAAUAAUAAUGAGAAGAUAAUAAAAGAUAAUAAUUUUAUAGAAAAACGAAAAAGGAAAAGAAAGAGAGGUAAAAAGAAAAAAAAAAUUAUAAAUAGUAAUAUGCAAAUAAAUACAACAGAUAAUAAUUUGAAAAAAGACGAAGAAGGAGAAGGAGAAGAAGAAAGAGAACAAAAAAAUGGAAAAAAAAGAGGACAAAAGAAAUCAACUGAGAAUGUAAAUAUAUCUAAUAUUAAUAGCAGUAGUAACGAAAAUUCAAGUAAAAAAAAAGAAUUAUUUAAUAUUGAAAGAAUUAUUAAAACUGAAGAAGAAUUAGAAAAAGAUAAUAAUAUAAAAUAUAAAAUACAUUGUAAUAAUUGGAAUAAUGGUGGUAAAAUAUUUAUUUUACAUAAUGUUAUGAAAUCAUUAUUUGAUAAUGCUUUUUUUAAACCUACAGAAAUACAAUCGAAAACCUUAGAAAAAUCAAUUAAUGAUAAAAAUGAUAUUGUUGUUAUUUCUAAAACAGGUACAGGUAAAACGUUAACAUUUUGUUUACCUAUAUUAAAUAAUAUUCUUAUAAAUAAAUUAAAAGAAUAUAAAAAGAAAUUUAAGAAUAUACAAAAAUUUAGAUGUCUUAUAUUAGUACCAACAAGAGAAUUAGCAUUACAAAUAUUAAAACAUUUUAAUUAUAUAAACAAAUAUAUUAACUUAUUCAUUUCUACAAUUAUUGGAGGUUUAAAUUUAAAUAAGCAAAAAAGAAUUCUUAGGAAAAAACCAGAAAUACUUAUAUGUACUCCUGGAAGAUUAAAAUAUUUUCUACAUUUAGAAAAUCCAAUAAAAUAUAUAUAUGAAAUGAAAAAUAUACGAUAUCUUGUAUGUGAUGAAAUAGAUAAAAUGAUAGAAAUAUCCUUUAUGAAAGAUAUUAGUUAUAUAGCUAAACAUAUUUAUAAAUCUGUAGGAGAUAAAAAAAAAAAACUAAUUCAAACAUUUUUAUUAUCCGCUACAUUAAGUUUGACAGUUCAGUUACAAAAUGAUAAUAUGACAAAAUUAUUAAAUUCCAUAAUUAUACGUAAAGAUAAAUCAUUUAUUAUUAAUUUAUCGAACGAACAAAAUGUAUAUAAUGAUAAUUCAAAUAUAUUACCUGAAUUGUUAACAUUAUAUAUAGUUAAAUUGAAUGAAAGAGAUAUUGUAUGUAAAUUAUUUUAUUUAAUCAAAUCUUACUUUUCUUAUGAUACAAAUAAUAAGGAUCAUAAUGAUCAUCAUGAUAAUAAUAAAUGGGAACAUCCUCAAGAUACACAUCAAAAUGAUGAGAUAAACAAAAUAAUUAUUUUUGUUAAUACCAUAAAAAGUGCAAAACAAUUGAAUGCUAUUUUUAAACAUUUAUUUCUACAUAAUAAUUUGGAAUCAUCCAUACCUAAAAAGUAUAGAUCUAAUUUAUAUAUAAAAAAUAAACUUAAUAUAUAUAGUAUACAUUCUAAACAAAAAUUAAAAGAAAGACUUGAAAAUAUAAACAAAUUCUCACAACAAAAUCAUAAGGCAAUUUUAUUUUGUACCGAUGUACUCAGUAGAGGAAUAGAUUUAGAUAAGUGUGAUUUAAUAAUACAACUAAAUUGUCCAAUAUCGGACAUAACGUUUGUUCAUCGUUCAGGCAGAACAGCUCGAAAUUUUAGAAAGGGAAAGUGUAUUUGUUUUAUUACCGAAACAGAAAUAUAUAAAUGGAAAACUUCUCUGGAAAAAGUAGGAAUUAAUAUACAAGAUCUACAAGAAUUAGAUUAUCUAAAAAGUAUAAAUGAAGAAGAUUAUGCAAAAAUAAAUAAAGCUAUUGAAUGCGCAAAUAAAAUGAUUGAAUUUCAAGAUAAAUUAAUUCUUAAAAAAAAAGAUUCCUUACUAAAAAAGCUAGCUAGGGAAGCAGAACUCGAUGAUGAAGAUGAAGAAGAAAGAAGGAGAAACAAAUUUUAUUCAGACUCUGAAAAUGAAUACGAACAUUUAAAUAAUCAAACUAUAUAUAAAAAUAUAUUGCAUUUGAAAAAAGAACUAUACAAUACAUUAUACAAGCAAUGA